UGUAUGGCGAUUUUGUAACACAAUGGCGGAAGAGCAGUUGGAAUGGGUCUUCGAUUCUUUAGUAGAAUUUUUGAGAGGACCUAUAUGGAAUAUUCCGGUUUUAACAUUUAUCGAACAGAAAUCCGUUGUGUUUGAGCCCGGAGCUGAGAAUGAAGAAGAGUUUAAGAAAAUUCACGAGGCCUACAAAAAUUUGGUGGAUUUUAUGCUGGGAAGUUACAUGGAAGAUCUUCGAAUAACACCAGAAGAGUUCGAGAAGUCAUGUUCUGUUGCAACCAAAAGAGCGAUGAACCAGUUCCAUCAGAGUUUGUUUCAACAAGUAUGGGCUGCAGACGAUUUUGAAAUUUUCAAACGAAUGAUGACUCAAAAGAAUUUAGAGUUACAGUUACAGGCUCUAGAGUUUUUGACUCAAAAGAGAGGAUCUAUACCUAACUGUAUGGAACCAACACCACAAAUGAAGGAAGAUGAAUCACAGAUUGAAGAAGUCAUAAAAAAGGCCAUAAAUGAAGCCCAGGAUGGAGAUGAAACAAUGCGGAAGAAUGACAUGGCUCCAGCAGAUAUCGCUUUACACGAGAAGAUGAAAACUGAAGCAAAAAAGGAAAAAGAACUUCUCGAACAGGCUAUCAAGCACGCUGUCAGGGACAAAGAAGAAACGAAUGAUUCUCAUUCUCCAACUGAAGACAAAGCAGUGGAGCCAUCUCCGCAAGUAUCUCCAGUCGAAACGGAAGAUGGCGCUACUAUCGAGGAAAAAUUCGAAGCAGUUUCUGUUGUAGAGAAUUCUCCUGUGGAGCAAGAACCAGUAGAACAGACCAUCGAAUCUUCCAGUGACGCAACUGAUGAAAUUGUAGGAAAUAGGGACGAAGGAAUAGCACAUGCCGCAAAAGAUGAUUCUCUGGCAGGAGAUGUAAAAGUAUCUACUAAUGAGCUUCCACCUUUGAAGCUUCCCAAUGAAAGGCCUUGGUCAGAGGGAGAUUCGAACCCAUACGUGCAGCCUCAGGUAGAGAUUACACCACUGGAACUGGAGAAGCGGCAAAAUUAUUUGCGCCAACAGAGAGACAGAAUCCUCGCCAUGAAGAAACAAGAACGCGCCAGAAGACUCUCCAAUGCCGAUGAAGUUAUUACUCAAACAAGACCAAAAUCUGCUCGCGCUGCAAGGCAAAUUUUGAAAGAAGAAACAACAGAAGUGGAUCCCCAAACAUUAGCCUUUAGGAAAAGUUUAGCAGCUAAACUCAGAAGCGAAGUAAUUGAUAAUGCCAGCUCGUAACAUGGUUUAACCAUCAAGGAAGUGGAUACCUUCUUCACUGCUUCGUUAUGACAUAUUUCAACAUCUUUUGAAGAUAGUUUAACAUCCCUUGUAAAAUUUACACUGUACAAAAAUUAAGUUUGUUUUCUUUUAAGCAAAUAUUUUGUUCCAUGUUGAGGAAAUAAUUUUAUUUUUUGGAGUAAAUGGUAAUGGUUUAAUUGGUAAUGGUUAACUUUAUAAUUUAUCGGGGAGUGAUUUUCUCAGGUAUCUGACUGAGAGAAAAUGGGUGAUUUUGACGAAAAUUUGAAUUUUUUUAAUAUCCAUAUUCAAAUUUAUUUCAUUAGUUUUUCAAAACCCUUUAAAUUUUGAUUUCCGAUUUAUAGAAAUUAAGUUAUAGUAGUUUCUUCGUGAGCUGUCAGACAAAACCGAAAGAAAACUCUCGAAAAUGAAACUAAAAUGUUUUUUGUUAUGUUUUGAGUACAUAAUUUAACCUUUAAUGUUAAAAAAUCAUGCAUAUAAUAUACAGGGUUAUUCAUAAUUCCCUCCGGGGUUUCGAAGCGUUUUAGUAAAAAAACGAAGACGAAUAUGGCAAAAAAGAGCAUAUGAAAUUAUUCCGAAAGUAUUCAAGUUUUAAUUUAAGCAGUUGCCGGUAGAUGGCAGUAACAUGUUCCACUGAAGCCUGUUGUAGUAAACAUAAGGUUGUAGUAAACAGAGGGAAUUAUGAAUAACGCUGUAUAUUUCGUCCAUUUCGAAGCAAUCUAUUGAGUUAUAAGUUAUCAAAAAUUAAAAUUUUUAGUUUUAAAUAUAUCGCUGCUGGUUGUUAAAGGUUGCUUUAAUUUAAAACUUUUCUACCGAAACUUUAUUAUUUGCGUUUUAAACGGUAAAAGCUGAAAAUUUCAAAAUUGGAAUUAACGUUGUUUUGUUAUAAAAUUCCAAAGUUAACUCUGGAUUUUACAAAUAUUUUGAAAAACAACACUUUGUUUGCUAAUUUGAACUUUAACAAAAAACACUUUUGAAAUUUAUUAUUAUUUUUAAAACGUUAUUUUUUCAAAAUAUUUGUAAUCUUUGAUUUAACGAAAUUAUUAGUCCUAUACGGUAUUUAAACUCUAUGUACUAUAUUAUAUACACAGAAAUUUUAUUGAACUUAAUUUUUUUUUUGUAAUUACAUAGUUUAAAUCUUUUUUUAAAAUAUUAUAAAACAGCCUAGUAUUAUUAGAUUUAGGAUAAUAAUUAAGUUAAAAAUAGCAUCAAAAUUAACACUCAGUUUUCUCUAUAGGACAGCAAGAAACAAAAUAAUUCCGUACAUUUCUAGUUAAGAAUCAUGAAUAAGCGUGUCAAAAAUCUGAAAUAGUUCUAAGAAAAAGUAAAGUUAAAUUGUUUUCGAAACUAAGUGUUCAUAUCAAAGGAUGAUUUAUUAUGAUGUUAAGUUUUUUUUUAAAAAAAAAGUGUCUUAGGCUUAAAAUUUCAGAGGAAAUUCUGUUUAGUUUUAAGACCUUUUAAAAUACCGCACGAAAAAUAGACUAAUUAAUCAUUUUGAUUAAAAUAUCGACUAAAUAAAAGCAUAGACUAAAUGAAAACAUAGACUAAUUAUUCAUUUAGAGCUGUGUAACUGUCAUUAUUUAACGCUGCAAGAUGGCUUACAAUGAUAAAAGACGAAGGAAUCUCUUAUAAAGUCUUGUGUUUCAUUCAUUGGUUAUAAUAAAAAUCAUUUAAAAAAUGUACAAGGAAUAUCGUAAUGUCUUCCCUUAACAAAAUUUUUUAGAACUUUCAUUAAGAAUGACGUCAAAGAAUCAUAUAAAUGAGGAGGAGUCUCAAAUUGAUAUUUCAAUGAGAAAAAAAGUCUAACUCAUCACUACUGAGGAAAGCGAGUCAGAAAAAAUAAAUCUUGCUUUAUUGCUGACUAUUAGAUACAAAUUGAAAUUUCAUCCAGCAACCAAAUUGGGUUUUUACGUUCUUCAUCAAAAUUUCAUAAUUUAAUUACGCAGUUUUUCUUAUUUCAUAGGUUGAACAUUAAUUUAAGACCCAUAUCUUAAAGUGUAUAUUCUUGUUGAUCUUAAAAAUGGUUUAUAUAAAUAUUUAUUAAGGCCGGCCAAUACGAAGCAACUUGUAUAAGAAUGAAGUUUUUCGUUUUUUCUUUAGCAGAUGAAACCAGAAAAAAGAAAUUAAAUAUUUCAAAAAUUUUUUUUCUCAUUAAUUAUCCUAUUAUAUGAAACAAUUUUUCACA